AUGGACCUGGUUGGCAAACUUGUAAUGACUGAUCAGGGAAAUCAGUACAUCUGUGUGAUGGUGGACUACUUCACUCGAUGGUCACAGGCCUAUGCCAUCAAAUCCAAAUCUGCAGCCGAGGUCACACAGUGCAUUCUCAAAUUUGUCUACCAAUUUGAGGUGCCACAGAGAAUACUUACUGACCAAGGCAGAGAAUUUGUCAACCAAGUCGAUGGGUCCUUUGAGGAGCAGUUUAAUGAAGAGGAGGUGGCAAUGGACAUCGAGCGACAGGACAAAAUUGUCAGCAUUGUCCAGCAAAAUGUGGAGAAGGUUCAGGAGAGAACCAGAGGGAGACUGCAAUCCCUGAAAAAGAGAGCGAGCUUUAAGGUGGGGGACAUGGUGUGGAGGAAGAACAUCCGUAGCCUGCAGCGGAAAGGGGGAAAGCUGGAUCCGGAGUUUCUUGGGCCGUUCACAGUGUCUCUUCCAUUACCUCCACUCCACCUGCUGCCACCUCCACUCCACCUGCCACCUCCACCUGCUGCCACCUCCACUCCACCUGCCACCUCCACUCCACCUGCCACCUCCACUCCACCUGCUGCCACCUCCACUCCACCUGCCACCUCCACCUGCUGCCACCUCCACUCCACCUGCUGCCACCUCCACUCCACCUGCCACCUCCACUCCACCUGCUGCCACCUCCACUCCACCUGCUGCCAGCUCCACUCCACCUGCCACCUCCACUCCACCUGCCACCUCCACUCCACCUGCUGCCACCUCCACUCCACCUGCUGCCACCUCCACUCCACCUGCCACCUCCACUCCACCUGCUGCCACCUCCACUCCACCUGCUGCCACCUCCACUCCACCUGCUGCCACCUCCACUCCACCUGCCACCUCCACUCCACCUGCCACCUCCACUCCACCUGCUGCCACCUCCACUCCACCUGCUGCCACCUCCACUCCACCUGCUGCCACCUCCACUCCACCUGCUGCCACCUCCACUCCACCUGCUGCCACCUCCACUCCACCUGCUGCCACCUCCACUCCACCUGCUGCCACCUCCACUUCAGAGAAAUAUGUUACAGAGGCUUGGGACGGCAAAAAUGUUCAUGUUCUGCUGUCCAGAAUCGGACCAUACAAGCUGUUUUAUUGGGACAUCUGUUGGACAACUCCGGGUCAGGAACUUGAGAGUGAGGUAACAUUCAGUAUUUUAUUCUCCUUUAGUUAACUUAUA